AUGCACUCCCAAGACACCAAGCCGGCAGGCACAAGCGGUCGGGAAAAGAGGGAGCCCAUGCCAAGGCGAAACGAAGACAACGUCCACUAUUUUGCCUUUCCACGCCAUUCGGCACCCAUUGCAGGCUGCAAUGAUGCCAUUCGCAGCCCAUUCUCCUGCCCAGAAUUCCGUCCCGAUCUUCCGGUGUUGCUUUUGCGGUUUGGCCUUGAAAUCGAUAGCCUCUCCGCUCUUGUGAAUCGCCAUAUGCAACCUGCAGUCUCACCGAAGCAGACGGGCAAGGUCCCCUAUCUGGCGCGAGCUGAUGGACCACCCAAAUCACUAUGUCAAGCCACGGGGCAGGCAGGGGAAGGUGUAUGCUCGCUAUCUAUCAAAUAUCAACUCGUCAAUGUUGCACGGCACGGAGAUCAUGGACCAUCUAGUAAGGUCGAAAACAUGGCAUACUCCCGCUGA